CGCAGCCUGUGCGAAUGAGUGCUCGACCACCGCGCAAUAACAAACAUUGCUCCUAGCUUCCUUGAGCACGGACGUGCAGCAGUGUUCCUCUCACGGUCGCGACGCAAACGUGCACCGUUGAAUAGACACCGGAGUGUUUGAUUCGGACAUGAUACCGGUGCGGACCCGGAGAUGAGGCUCAGAAAUGGCACCUUCCUAACGGUCGUAUUGUUCGGACUGUGCGGGCUUAUAUCUCUGUCCUGGUACACCGCAUUCAGCAAUUCCAAAGGUAAUGUCGUGGAUAUAUAUCAGCGAGAGUUUCUAGCUCUGAGAGACCGUCUACACUCAGCGGAACAAGAGAACCUGAAGCGCUCCAAAGAACUCAAUCUGGUUCUGGACGAGAUCAAGCGAGCCAUCGCCGAGAAACAGGCUCUCCGAGACAUCAACCGUACCUGGAGCAGCCUCUCUGAUGAAACAAAGCUGAAGUUGUGGAAUGUGACCAGCAGUAAGAAUGUUCUUCAGGUGCCCAGUAUCUUUCACCAUCUGCCACACUUACUGGCCAAAGAGACCAGUCUCCAACCGGCAGUGCACAUUAGCCAGGGACGCACGGGAGUGUCGAUAGUGAUGGGCGUGCCCAGUGUGAAGAGGGAGGUUCAUUCAUAUCUGACGGACACUCUCAGCUCUCUGAUGACGGAGUUGAGCCCAGCCGAGAAAGAGGACUGUGUCAUCAUUGUCUUCAUUGCUGAGACGGACCAACAGUAUGCCAACAGUGUGGCUGACAACCUUAAGCACCUAUUCCCUACAGAGAUUCAGUCUGGAUUGCUGGAGAUCAUCUCUCCCUCUGUUCAUUUCUAUCCAGACUUCUCUCACCUUAAGGAGUCAUUUGGUGACCCUAAAGAGCGGGUCAGAUGGCGAACAAAACAGAACUUGGAUUAUUGCUUUCUAAUGAUGUAUGCUCAGUCCAAAGGAACCUACUAUGUUCAGCUGGAGGAUGACAUUGUUGCUCGGCCAAAUUACUUCACCACAAUGAAGAACUUUGCCCUGCAGCAACCUUCCGAAGAGUGGAUGAUCCUGGAGUUCUCCCAGCUUGGCUUCAUCGGUAAGAUGUUUAAAUCACUGGACCUGUCUCUGAUCGUGGAGUUUAUGCUAAUGUUCUAUAAGGACAAGCCCAUUGAUUGGCUGCUGGACCACAUCAUGUGGGUGAAAGUGUGCAACCCAGAGAAAGAUGCAAAACACUGCGACAGACAGAAAGCCAACUUGAGAAUUCGAUUCAAGCCCUCCCUCUUCCAGCACGUAGGAACACACUCUUCCCUCGCCGGAAAGAUCCAGAAACUCAAGGAUAAGGACUUUGGGAAACAGACUCUGCAUAAGGGUCAUGCCAACCCGCUGGCCGAAGUCACCACCAGUCUGAAGACCUAUCAGCACUUCACGCUGGAGAAGGCCUACCUGGGAGAGGACUUCUUCUGGGCCUUCACGCCUGUAGCAGGGGACUUUAUCCGCAUCCGCUUUUUCACCCCUGUUCGUAUUGAGAGGUAUUUUUUCCGCAGCGGUAACAUCGAGCACCCCGGAGACAAACUCUUCAACACCACGGUGGAGGUGCUGCCUUUUGAUAAUAUUCAGUCCGAAAAAGAGGCCUUGAAGGAAGGGAGAGAGAGGACACCAAAGUACCAGCGCACUGAAGAUGGCUUUAUCAGAAUAGGGAAGUUCCAGAAUGGGAUAGCAGAGGGGGAGGUCGAUCCCUCCUUCGGACCACUGGAGGCUCUGCGACUCUCAGUCCUAACUGACUCCCCAGUCUGGGUCAUUCUCAGCGAGAUCUUCAUCAAGAAAGCGGAAUGAGCAGACCAACAACAACACCCCACAAAUCAGUGGAGCCUUUCGGCACAGAGAGAGGUCAUUGGCGCCUUUUACCUAUAAGCUCAGACAUUGAGAAUCUAUAGCUUGGUCCAAUAGUACCUCCUGGUGGCGUAGAGCUAAGACAGCAGGGUUAAAAAUGUGGAGAAUGUCAUUGGGGAUUCUGGAAGAUCCAGCGUGGAGGAACCUGCUCUGCCCUGACAAGCGACACCGUGACUGGGGGAAGGAGUAAUGACGCUGUAUUUUGUAAUUUGUAUCUAUGUAUAUAUAGGCUCUCAAUGCAGUUACUCUGGUAAUUACACUGGUCGAUUAUCAGUGGACACGCUUGGCGGCGCCGUCCACUGAUUAAACUCGUGAUGUUUUAAAAAAAUGCUGCUGUAGGAUUGAGGGACUUACCUUUUCAGUUUUGUUUCUCAACCAAUUUCAAAAAUUGACUUCAUUAUUGAUUAGCUGUCAAACUAUUUUCUCCAAUCAAGAGAUUGUCCCUAUUCUAAAUUGUUAAAUGUGUAUUUUUACAAUACAUAGACACAUAUACAACAUGCAUUUAAUGCUGGUACUAAAUGUGUGUUUAUAUGUACAGAAAUCUUGUGAGUGUUCCAGAGUUGGUCAGAAAGGCUAGCUGUAGACAGAAAUAAAACUUUGUCAUCA